AUGGACACCAGGCCCGUCCUCUGCCGCCCCACCCUGGCUGCCCGGGCACUGAGGCAGAGGCCUAGCUCGGCGCCAGGUCUCCUGGGCCCUGCCCGAGCCGGCACCUAGGGGCUACGUCGGGGUCCAGCUGAGGAGCUCUGCGCGCAGGACUGGGGAGGCCGGGCCGAAGGUUGCUUUGUGCCUCCUGGCGUGCUGGGACUGCAUGGCUCCUCCUGUCAAUUAGAGCAGCCCCAGAGCUGCUCUAGUUUACGCGUGGGCUGCCUGCGGUCCCAGAAGUGGCUCAAGGGGAUCCGCACUCCGCAGCAGGAGUAUCCAGGGAGCAUAGCAUCCGCUUGGCAAUGGCUCUGCUCAAAACCACCCAAAGGCUUUGAGAAGUAUUUUAAGAAGAAUGGAAAAAGUCCCGGCCCAGCAGAGGAUGCUCACCAGACUAAAGGCCUCCCUGAUCCAAAAGAUCUCGGUCAUGGGGGAAAUGGCGGAGGAGGUGGCGGCAAGAGAGGAGGGAAGAAGGAGGAUUCUGGGUGGUGGAGGCGCGUGUGGAAGGGAGAGUUCCCCUGGGAUGACAAGAACUUCUGCUUCCUGGUUGUCAUGGGGGCAGGCGCUGCCGUGGGAUUCCUCUAUUUUUUUUGGCAAGAUCCUGGCAGAGAAAUCAACUGGAAGCAUUUUGUCCAUUACUACUUGGCUAGAGGAUUGGUGAGGAAAUGUCGUCUGCAGGGGGCAGCGCUUGGUCCUGCUGGUGGCUUGUUGGGCCCAGCCGGGGAUCCUGCCCACGGGUGGGGGGCGGAGGCCGAUGCAGCGACUGACUGGCUCUGGGUCUGUCCCUGGUCCCUGCAGAGGUACGUCUGGUUUAACAUCGGCAGCGUCGACACGUUUGAACGGAACCUGGAGACCGCCCAGCUGGAGCUGGGAAUGGAAGGCUCCCAGCAGGUGGCAGUGUUUUACACCAGGGAGAGUGACGGCACAUUCCUCAUGAGCAUGGUGCCCAUUCUGCUGCUGGUUGGCUUCCUUAUGUUCACUCUGAGACGCGGGCCAAUGGGAGCCGGGCGCGGAGGACGAGGGGGCGGGCUCUUCAGCGUUGGCAAGACGACGGCCAAGAUCCUGAAAGACAACACUGACGUGCAGUUCCGAGACGUGGCCGGCUGCGAGGAAGCCAAGCUGGAGAUCAUGGAGUUCGUGAACUUCCUGAAGAACCCCAAACAAUACCAAGACCUGGGCGCCAAGAUCCCAAAGGGUGCUGUGCUCAUGGGCCCGCCGGGCACCGGGAAAACCCUCCUGGCCAAAGCGACGGCGGGAGAAGCCAACGUUCCCUUCAUCACGGUGAACGGCUCGGAGUUCCUGGAGAUGUUUGUGGGCGUGGGGCCCUCCCGGGUUCGGGACAUGUUUGCCUUGGCCCGCAAACACGCCCCCUGCAUCCUGUUCAUCGAUGAGAUCGACGCCGUCGGCCGGAAGCGGGGCCAGGGGAACUUCGGGGGGCAGAGCGAGCAGGAGAACACCCUGAACCAGCUGCUGGUCGAAAUGGACGGGUUCAACUCCAGCAUCAACGUGGUGGUGCUCGCAGGAACAAAUCGCCCAGACAUUCUGGACCCUGCGCUGCUGAGACGGGGGCGCUUUGACCGUCAGAUUUACAUCGGUCCGCCUGAUAUCAAAGGCAGAGCAUCCAUCUUUAAGGUCCACCUCUGGCCCCUGAAACUGGAGGAAAGCAUCAGCAGAGAUGCCCUGGCUAGGAAAUUGGCUGCAUGGACUCCAGGAUUCACUGGUGCUGACAUCUCCAACGUCUGCAAUGAGGCUGCCUUGAUUGCCGCUCGCCACUUGAAGCCCUCUAUCACCGAGAAGCACUUUGAGCAGGCCAUCGAGAGAGUCAUCGGGGGUCUCGAGAAGAAGACCCAGGUUCUGCAGCCGAACGAGAGGACCAUAGUGGCCUAUCACGAAGCUGGGCAUGCUGUGGUGGGAUGGUUCCUGGAGCACGCUGAUCCCCUGCUGAAGGUGUCGAUCAUCCCCAGGGGCAAGGGGUUGGGCUACGCACAGUACCUGCCCAAGGAGCAGUACCUGUACACCAAGGAGCAGCUGUUCGAUCGCAUGUGCAUGAUGCUGGGCGGCAGGGUAGCUGAGCAGCUGUUCUUUGGGCGCAUCACCACGGGCGCUCAGGACGACUUGAAGAAGGUGACGCAGAGCGCCUACGCCCAGAUCGUCCAGUUUGGGAUGAGUGACAAGCUGGGCCAGGUCUCCUUCGACUUCCUGUGGCAGGGUGAGCCGCUCACAGAGAAACCAUACAGCGAGGCGACAGCCCAGCUGAUAGACGAGGAGGUCCGAAGCCUCAUCAACUCUGCAUACGAAAGAACCCGGGAGCUACUGACGCGGUGUCGCGACCAGGUGGAGAAAGUAGGAAAGCGUCUCUUGGAGAAAGAAGUGCUGGAGAAAGCGGACAUGGUUGAAUUGCUGGGCCCCAGGCCCUUUGCAGAGAAAUCCACCUAUGAAGCGUUUGUAGAGGGCACCGGGAGCUUGGACGAAGACACCUCCCUCCCAGAGAGCCUGAAGGACUGGAACUGCGAGAGAGAUGAGGAGAGAGCGCAGGAGAGCACCUCCUAGCAGUGAGAGCCAGCUGGGGAGGACGGUGCCCGAGCUGCUGCCAGCCCUUGCCGCUGGGUGGGCGCCGGUCCCCAGGGACCCUUUCUGUGUGCAUCUCCCGGUGGUAAUGCCGACACCGGACAGAGCUGUCCAGGAGGCCGGAGCAGGAGCGAGGCUAAGUCUGUAAAUAGGAACUAGCAGGCAAGGCCCCUGGUGCACUGGCUUUCCCUCUGAAAGCUGCAGGUCCCGCCCUCUCCUCUCCUCUCCCCGGUGCCAGCCUCGGGCCUGGCUGGCUGACACAAGGGCUCCGGCCGCACCCGGUCCCGACAAGUGCCCGUUCCUACUGGCGGGUACAGCAGCUGCUUUCCUGGUGCUCAUGGCCCAGUCUCCAUGGGCCUGUUCAGUCUGUGCAGGGUGGAUGGGGCGUGCUCCUGCCCGCAUCCACCUCUCCCCAGCAGCUGUCCCAAAGCCAGGAGGGUGCUGGAGGGACUCCCCAGCCACGGGGCGGAGGCUGGGAGCCCAAGCAAGCAGCAGGGUGAGCUCUCCUCGGACUAGCGACUCUGUCCAGGAUGCGGUUACCCUAGUGCUACCACAGCAUCCUCCCCGACUGGAACGCCCUCCCCAGCACA